AUGGGACACGACGGGGACACGCGCGGGGACGGGAAGCGACGCGUCGCCGACCUCCUCGCCAGCUACAUCCCCACGGAGGAGGCCCUGCUGCUGCGCAGCGGGAGGUACGCGUGCACCGUGUGUCCCCAGCGGCCUGUCUUCGACACGCUCGCCAUGCUCACGGUGCACAGGGCCGGCAGGAAGCACGCGGCGGCCCUGAGGAGCUUCUACGGCGGGAAGCGGCCGCUCGGGAACGUGGCGCCGGAGCAGCUGCCCGCGGAGCUGGUCCCGCAGGACUCAGCGGCCCCCUUGCUGGCGCGGACACGGAGCAUUGCGCGGAGCGCCCUGCUCAAGGCCGCUCCCUACAGCAGCCGCUGCCGCAGGACGGGGGCGGCCGGCGGCGGCUCGGGAGCGGCCGCGCGCGGGGCCCUCGGCACCCCCAGGAGCCAGGCCCUGGAGCGGUACCUGCAGCUGCGCAGCGCCGGCUGGAUCCCGGACGGCGCCGGCAAGUGGGUGAAGGACGAGAACGCCGAGUUCGACUCGGACGAGGACGAGCCCCCCGGGCUGCCGCCGGGCCCCGGCGCGGCCCCCAGCCCCCCACAAGCUCCGUGUUAA